GAAAAAGAACCCCUAUAUGCCCUGUCUCAAGUAGUGCUGCUGACUUUACCCUAAUACCUGCGCUACAAGGGUUGCUUGUCCGCUGCUUGCAGUCGCUUAUCUUUACCGUUGCAUAGAUGCGCUGCUUAGCCGCACAAAUACCGUGCAAGGACGCUGCGCAAACUGCCCACUACCGCGCAUUUGUAAACCUACAGACAGCAAAGCCGUGGCCUUGCUUGCGUCGUCGGGAACCUACCCACCGUGCGCACGAGGGCUCCCGACGAACAAUUAGGGCGCAAAGCAUACUCCAGAAUAUUAUGAAAAAGCUUGGCUCGGAUACCAGGGAUAGCAGCAGGCCGAUGGAGGCGGCAACGGAACCCCUACAGACGCUGUCAUUCAGCGACAACGCUCCUUCUUGGGAGGAGCUUGCUGACAUCGUGCGCGCGCAGCACGCGGAGCUAGGGGUGGACUUCUGGGCGGAUCCAAACGAGGGUCCCACGCACCCGCUGGCGCUUGAGCGCACCUUCGGCUCCUCGCAGCCCGUGCGAGUGAAGCUGUACCGGGACCACGCGGCAUGGUGUCCCUACUGCCACAAGGUGUGGCUGCAGCUGGAGGAGAAGCGCAUCCCCUACGUGGUGCAGAAGAUCAACAUGCGCGCGUACGGAGACAAGCCGCCGGAAUUCCUGGCAAAGGUUCCCUCGGGUCUGCUGCCGGUUAUCGAGCUGGACGGGCGGGUGGUGACGGAGAGCGCAGUCAUCAUGGCGCUGCUGGAGCGGGAGUUCCCGGACCACAACCCGCUGCUGCCGCCUGAGGGCACGCCCGCCCGGCAGCGCGCCGAGGGGCUCAUGCGGCUGGAGCGGCGACUGUUCUCCGACUGGCUGGGCUGGCUGUGCUCGGGGGGGGGCCAUGCGCGGGCGCGGGCGCAGUUCGAGGCGAGCUUGGACCUGCUGGCGCAGGAGCUGGAGCGGGAGGGGGGCCCCUACUUCCUGGGCCCCUCCCUGAGCCUGGUGGACGUCACCUUCGCGCCCAUGUUGGAGCGCAUGGCGGCCUCGCUGGCCUACUACAAGGGGCUGGCGCUGAGGGGGCAGGGGCGCUGGCCGGCGAUUGACAGGUGGUUUGCCGCCAUGGAGUCCCGACCCACCUACCUGGCCACCCGCUCCGACUACUACACCCACGCACACGACCUGCCUCCCCAGCUGGGUGGCUGCGCGCAGCACCCCGAGGGGGCGGCACUGGCGGCGGCAAUCGACGGCCAGGACGGCACCUCCUGGCGGCUGCCGCUGCCGCCGCUGGGAGCCGCCUGCGCGCCGGAGCCGUACAGCCCGGGGGAGGAGCCGCCGCGGGACAGGCUGGAGGCCGCUGCUAGGCUGGUGGGUAACCACGAGGCGGUGGUGCGCUUCGCCCUGCGCGGCCCCGGUCGGCCCGGCCCCCGGCCCGUGCUGGCCCCGCUGUCCGACCCCUCCGCGCAGCCCGCCCUGGAGCACUGGCGGCAGGCGGAUGCGGCUCUGCGGCACGUGGCGCAUGCGCUGCUGGCGGGGGUGGAGGCCAAGCAAGCGUCGCAGCAGGCGCUGCAGACCUUUGCCUCAACCCCCUCAACCCCCUCGUCCCAAGAGGCGCUGUCCGGUGAGGCUGUGGUGGCCGCUGCCCGCUACCUGCGAGACCGGGUGGGGGUGCCCCGAGACAUGCGCUUCCCCGCCGCACGCCAGCUGCGGGCGCACCUGAACUGGCUGAUUGACAGCAUCACCGCGAGGGGCGGCAGCAGCCAGUAGCGGACACCCAGUUGCAGUAGCAGUAGCGGCGCGUGGGAGCAGUGGGGGUGCAGUUGCGUCUCACGUGGUGAAGGGUAUAAAAGAACGAGGACCAGGGCAACCCGAGUGAAGGGUGGUUAGGGGAGGGGGUGUGAGAAGGCGUGGUGGCCUCGAAGGCUCGGGAUGCCUUCGUUGGCUUGCUUGCAUGCAUGGACGUCUAUCUGUGAGCUUGAGUUAUUUGGUUGUAUUCUAUUUGGCGCUGUACUUGUCUGCUUGGCUACCGCCCUCAAUUUCGAGUGUGGUGGUAUUUCGCUUAGAGCGUGAGUGCUGGCAUGAAUGGAGCGCUCCCGAUUUUGCGAGGGUUACAGUUUUGAGGGUAUAUGGGAGCAGUUGCGAGAGGAGAGGAGGGUAACUCUGGUUUAACGUUAUGUGGAUUGAGAGGGACUACCGCGUCUUGAGCGCUGAGUUGAGCGGUGACCCGGGUGUACUGAGAGUGUGUAAGGGACUGAAGAGGUGGUGCAGCGAUGACAUUCACAAACACGCAUGACAUCUUUCUUUGCUCCAUUCGCUUCGUGUUUACCUAAGGUAACUCGAAGUGCUGUCAUGCUCUGUAGCAAUGAGGCAUGAGUGCUGGUUCGCCCAGCGUGUAUGAGAAUAUGACCUGGGUGUCGAGACGGGGAGGGGGCCACGACGCGUCAGGAUGCCGGAGUUGCACGGCCCCGCAGUGAAUAGGGCUCGAAACAAGUUUGUGGGUCUAGUCGCUGUCUUGAAGGCAACCUACAAUAACAUGUAACAAGCAAGCG